GGAUUUAUUUAUUUUUUUUUCGGGUGCUGCUGGCUCGUGGACGCCAUCAGGCUGCUCUGGGCUCGACUGGACUGCAGGGCUGUUCGUUGUCCACCUUUGUCGUCUGGGUUUUCUUCCUGAAGAAGAAAGAAGCUUUCGGUGCUGCAAGUUCAUUGAAUAAAAUUAAGAACGUGGAAUAUAAUAUGGAUGCAGUUCCUUGAUCACCGUUUCCUCCAAAGUGUAUAUUCUGCAGAUUGGUAACCUGAAUGAUUGAUUGAUAAGCAGCAUACACAAAACUAAUAUCAAGAAAACAUUCUGUUGCUGCUGUGUUUGACAAAACUGGUGCAGAAUCACGUCUUCUGAAAUGCAGUUGAAAAAAAUGAGGGAAAUUUUACCAAGAUUGUACCCUGGCCAAGUUAACGAUAAAAAUAAUUCCUUAACUACAUCCCCAAAGCAAUCUGCUGAGGAUAAGACAAAUCCAUCAAAAGGGGAUGAUGACCAGAACUGCUGUUACCAAGGCACUGAGGCUGAGAACAAUAAGUUGUCACUGAUAAGCUGUAUAAAAUGCAGAAAUGUUCAGAAAAUUUCAAUGCAAGAUAUAGAAAAGCAUAAGAAGCUUGGGUGGACUGAAGACAAAAAUUUCAUCUGUAAGAAGUGCAGUCAUAUCACACCACCAGCUUUCCAUUUUGUUCCUGAGGGUGCCAAUGGUGUAGACUUUGAAAAAAAAUCCACAAGUAAAACCCAGGGAACAUUUAAAGUUAAAAACUUUCUGCCUGGUAAAUACUACUGUGAUAAAUGCAGAUUUUCAACAAAGGAUCCUUUACAGUAUAAAAAGCAUGUAAGUCAACAUGAUGAAAUUAAAUUUGUUUGCUCCUACUGCAGUAAUGUAUCCUACACCAAAGGAGAAUUCCAGAGACAUUUGGUGAAACACACUGGAACUUUUCCGUAUCAGUGUGAAUACUGUGAUUAUGGUGCUGUUAGACAUGACUAUAUAGUAAAACAUACGAGAAGAGUACACGAAACACCCACAAAACGGCUGUCAAAUACUAUUAUAAACCACAAGCAAAAGAAGCUGAGUCGGAGCACUUUAUUUGAAAAGCAGAAAUAUGAUAAAAUUCUUUUGCAGAGUGACGUUUCAAAUUCAUCUUCAAAUAUGGUUUGUGAGAUUCCAGGUAAAGCAACUAAAACAGUCUCUUCGUCUCGUGAUGUAGAAUGUAGCAUAAACACAGCGUCAGCACAGGAUAAAACAGUAUUGGAGCCGUCUGAAAUAAGUGUGUGUGAGAAUCAAAGUGUGGAAGUUGAGGUUUAUUCUCCAAAAACAGAGCCUUUACAACCUGGGAUGCCUUUAACAGUAAUUGCACCAUCUGAACUUGUAGUUCCUUCUAACUGUUUAGCUCAGAUAGUAGAGAUUAAAAUAGUGAAUGGAGCACAGCAGCUGGUUCUUAAACUAAUUCCUAUGAAAGAAGCAACUUACAAACCUGAAGAGGACCAUGAGAAUCAAGGUAUAGUACAAUCUACAGGAGGAAAGAAAACAUCUUCUGUGUCGCAAAAUGAGUUACUAACCAUGGAAGUGAAUGUAGACAAAUUAUCCAGUGUUAGUAACCAGCUUAAUUUGGAUAGUACGGAUGACAAGAAUUCUGAAUGUCUUUGUUUUUAUGAUUCCCAACUCUCAGACUCUAACACUGUAUCUAUACAGAGGGAAGAUGCAUCAAAAUUAUGCUUUCAUUUGGUGAAAGGUAUUGAUGUCCAUACAGGUGUUAUAGAACUUUGUUCUCCAUCUCUGGUGAUAAAUAGUACUGAAAAAAAAAGUGAUCUUAAAUCCUCAAGAUGGGAAGUAGAUGGAAAAAACUUACAUUACGACUUGUAUUGCUAUGAAGAAGCUGUGGAUAGACCCCCUCCAAAAUUUGCUGCUGUUUCUGAAGAUAAAAGUUCCAAGAACGUUUCAGUAGAGGCUGCUCAGGAGGGCAAAAAUUUCUCUUCUUCUGCAGUCCUUAAACAAAAGGAUGCAUUGCCUCUAAAGAGGGAUGACAAAGAAUGUAGGGGUCUGGCAGUCAGCUCUACGGAAACACAUUUAGCUGGUAAGGGUUUUGACAAAAAAUCUGUUACGCUUUCUGAAGCGGAAAAAAACUUUCAUGUUACUAAAACUCUACCCUGUGAGGACACGACUUCUGGCUUUAGCAAAGUAAAGAGUGCUGAAACCAUAAGUCAAAAGAACAAUCUUCUUCUGGAAUCAUUAGAACUACAGAAGGUGGAAAACAAGGACAGCACUUUUGAGGGACCUGUUAUUUCGUCUGUAUUUUCUCUGAGCUCUGGGUCUGAAGACAUUCCAGAGGGUAUCAGAUGGGAUGAGACAACAUGCAAUAAGAAGUCAGCAACAAUCCUGUGUAGAAAGAUCGCUCGGCUCAUGUCUGCUGCUGAACCUAACAUGAAAUCCAUGCCUUGGAGAUGUCAAGCUUCUAGUAAAAAGGUAUUUUUCCCUCCAGAAAAUUCAGCCAGCUGUGAGAGAGUUGUUCCUGCCACUGAGCUGGAACAGUCUUUGCCUCAAGUCCAUGGUGGGAGCGGUGUAAUUAGUAAUGAAGAACACAGUAAAGAUCAGUUGCUUACAUUUGCAAGAACAUCUAAAAGCAGGGUAACUAAAAAUUCCCAUGUUGCUACUCCAGUGUUUAUCCCCAAAGGGACAAUGUUGAGAGUGCUGAACGCUACUAGCAGUCAGAACUCAAACGGAAUAGAAGACAGCAGUGAAACAUCAGCUCCUUCUGUGUAUUGCAAUGAAAUGUUUCUGCCUCGACCAGUUCCUGUCAGUGUUUCUGAGACACGUAGCAGUGAUUUGCCACGUUUGCCAAAUCAGAGUGAACCGAACACUCAGCCCCGAAGUAUAACACUCAGGCAAAGACCAAGGCGAGAGGCAAGUGUUAAAAAUAAUAGCAGACAAACUGAUGCGAGUAGGCAAAGCAAACACUAUUCGAGAAGUCAACUAGGUCCUAAAAAUAAGGCGAAACAAGCAGGCUGCAGGGAGCUUGCUAAGAGGAAAGCAAGAACUCAGUCGGAAACCAGUUCGGAUUCUGACACGAUGUAUCUGUUGACUGCGAGACGUCUUCGGCUUGUCCCUCUGAGAACGGAUCAGCUGAUAAAAUGCCCUCGUCGCAACCAGCCAGUUGUGGUACUAAACCAUCCCGACGUUGACUCGCCAGAGAUCAUUAAUGUCAUGAAGACUAUCAACAAGUAUAAAGGUCAAGUCCUGAAAGUGGUUCUGUCGGAAAGGACAAGUAGUUUUCUUGGUGUUAGACGCUAUCGAAAGCGUCUUACUCUUCAGAAUGCUGAGACGGGAAAUCAAACAAAAAAGCAGAAUAUGCUAAAAAUGAAACUGAAAAAGACCCAUAAAAACAACUACCAGGUGGUGGAUUCUUCACCAGCUGAAACACUUCAGUGUAUGUUUAAAUGUUGGUUUUGUGGAAGGGCAUAUGUGGACCAAGAAGAAUGGAUAAGUCAUGGGCAAAGGCACUUGAUAGAGGCAACCAAGGGUUGGGAUGUUCUUUCUCUUCCAGGAAAAAAGUAUUAAGUGAGAGACUGGGGGACGGAGGAGGGGGUUCCCCUCCUAAUGAGUAUUGCUAACUUGCUUGGAAAGGAAGAUUGAAAUAACUGCUUUACUUUGCCAAAAGGUCUUUAUUGUUAGCGAAGUGGGAGAGGAGAGCAGAGUUAGACACAGAGAAGUCAGUAGUGAGGAUUAAGCACUACUUUGCACUCUCAUGUUUGAAAUUUUGUUUUAGAGGUCAACUUCAUCUGUUCUGUAGGAGAAAUUUGAAAAAGAUUUGCUAUGCAAACAUCUUUCUAGUUACCAUUCUGUGUGCUAGGAUACUGUGCUGUAACUGGUUUCUACUAGGUCCGUAGGGAUUAAAAUCUUAGAUGAUGAGAUCUUUGUAAAUUUAACAGGGUUUAGUUUGCUUUAUUACAGCAUGAUGUUUCAGAGGCUGAGCAUACAUGUACUGAAAAACGCCUUUGAUCCUCUGUGGGCAGCAAAUGCGUAUCAUAGAUUUUACUGGUAAAUGAAGCACCACGCGUAAAAAGUAAAACUGAAAUGGAAGCACUCUUGAUUCUGCAAAACACAAGCAUUUCUGCGGACUGCAGAGGAGAUACAAGGUUGUAAAUGAAUCAUUGGGAUCAGUGUUACUUUCACUAGGUCAGAUGGCACUAAAAAGUUUAAUUUUGUUUACUUGGUUUUAGUCUUUAUCUAGCCCUUAUUGUGUAGAUUUGAGAGAGCAGAACGCUGUCAGUUUUGUUCUGCGUAGGCAAAGCCAGAGGUGUUAUCAGGUAGGAGAGAGCUUUCCUUUGUAUGGUCUCAAGGCUGUUCUGAAAUCGAAGGCAGUAAUGAUCAGACAUAAACCCUCUACCACCGUGUGUGUGUAGCCUGAUAGAAGCACAUUUGCAGAAUAGAGCAUUUGGUUAGAACUCUAGUUGGUGAGUUAAUGCCUAUUUACACGAGGAACUCGCUGAAGAUGAAGGCUUUUCAAAAUGAAAAACCGUGUUGCACAGCUUUUACAUUGACAGUGUUGAACCAGGUUUUUGAUGCAAUCUUUCAUCCUUCUUAAUAUUAAGAAUUUAGAGGUUGUUAGAGUAUAUUUUUUGUAGGCCUCAAUUCAUACAAGCAUGUGCCUAGUUACAUAUGUAGAUCUUAACGUAUAUCUGCUGACUUCAUUAAAGUGUAAAUGAUGCUUAAACACUUUCUUAAUUCAGGGCCAAAUUUCAAGUUUUUAGUGAAGAGGAGGGAUGGAUGAAACUGAAGUCUAAUUUCUGUACGUGAACAAUAAUGUUUUUCUUCAUCUUGUCAAUUUUAAAUCAUUUUAAAAUCAUAUAGAGUGAACUAUAUUGAAGCACAUAUUUGCAGUUAAAAUAACUUCUUACAUUUUUACAGAUACGAAGUUCAAUACUGACUCUAAUGCUGGAUGUGUGUUCUGUGUUUGAACUGGGACUCCUCUUGGAAAACCUGGUAGUUCCUAACGCUUUUCACUGUUGGUGCAAUUUUGUAAGCAGUUUAAGCUGGGAAUAUAUUUUUUUUUUAUAUACUCCAGCAGAUUAUACAUUGUUUUGAUAAGGUAUGUAUCGUAUCUGCAUUGAAAUGUAAAUAAUUUAAAACUACAUCUGUCUGAGGCUUGUUUUCAAAGCAAGUUACAACAUUGCUUUCCCAUCGUUUUGCAAUACAUGUUAAAAUCCUUCAGAUAGUUGGUGCUUUACGUCAGGUCUUUUUUGUCAUGUACACAUGGACAAUUUUUCUAUCAUUUGUAUCUGACUAACGUAUUUCACAGAACAAACUUCCUUUUGUCUGUUUUGUCAGUAAUAAUGAAAUGACAGUUCUCAUUUUGUAUUCAAAUGGAAUUAUAUUUUUUUAGGUGGGUACACUUGAGGGUUUUUUUCACUUCAUGUACUUUGAUGCCAAAUCUAACAGUACUAUUUGUGUUUUGGAUUAUGAAAACAGCUUGCAUUGAAGCUUCCAUUGAAAUUAUGGCAUAUCACAUAGAAUAAAUACUGACAUCAUUAACAUAAGAAAAAAAGGUUAAAAUUCCGCCUUUGUUUUAACUCCUUCAGUCCUUACUGUUUGAAUUAAUUUUGUUUCUGUAGAAGGUACUUAAUAUAUAGUUUUGAAUUUGCUUGGUAAGAGUUGUCACUGGCAAAAUUAGAACAUUCCUCAUGAAAGCUGUACUGGGGAGGGAUGGGGGAAUUGUUGCUGCUCAUGUUUAUAAACUCUAAGUGGUUUAAGCAUACUAGUAAUGCUUGUCUUUUGUAAGCAAGUUUACUGUUUUAGUAAACAUCUGCAAAGCUUUGUAUGUCACUACCAUAAUCUACUAUCUAAGUUGUUAAACUGUGGCUUUUUUUCUCAUGGGUUUAAUUUAGAAAACAUUUGUUUUGUUUUAACAUGAAAACCUUUUGUAAGUUAAAUUGUAUGGUGGCUAUGAAGGUCUUAAAGCAGCUUACGUCAUGUCUCCCUUCUUAUGAGCUCUGCCAAACUCUACUUAGCAGCUUAUGUUUUGUUAAUUUUCAUUCUUAUUAUUAGAUAAUGUCAUGUCAGAAUAAUUUCCUUCAAGUUUAACAGUCUCAGUGAUUUGAGAGAAAUAAUUAUAAUGAAUGUUCUCUUGCAAUUUUGAUGCAGCAUUUAGAAAUAAAAAGAUUGCAAGGAAAAAUAACAGCCAACUGCUAAAUUUUUUAGAGCUAGUUUGUGCUAGUACAUACUGUACCAUAAAUUGGGUUGGAAUAUCAUAUUUUGGGCUUGAAUGUUUUUAUUCUUCUGUAAGGAUAAAGUAACUGGGGUUGCUUCCUUGCUAUAUUCCAAUUACCAAGUCAAACUUGUGAGUGUGCUUAGAAAGGAAGAUUAUGGAUGCUUUGCAGAAAAGUUCUAAAGUUUGCCUUUCAUAUUUAUAAUGAAUUUAGUUAAGCCUUCCAAAGUUCAAAUUAUAUGAAUAAAUAUUACUGUCAUUUGCUUGAAAAAUACCA